GCUGAAUCUUCAUUUGCCAAACACCAAUCACAAUGGCCGUUUCCAUGAAGAUGCAGCAGCGCACUAUCGCGACUGCCAGCAAGCAGUCCAUCGCGCCUGUUGCCCGCCCCGUGGCCCGCCCCUUCAGCGCCCGUCGCCCCGUGGCCGCUGCUGUUCGCUCUAGCGAGGAGGUUGCUCGCCGCAGCAGCGUCGUCGUGCGCGCUGCUGCCCCGGCUCCCGCUGCUGCCUCGGCCGACAAGGCCACCGCUGCGGAGUACUAUGCUCUGGUGUGCAACGCUGAGUGGUUCUUCAUGGACCCCCAGAACGAGUCCGUGGCUGAGCAGCUGCGCGAGAAGGUCCGCUUUUUUAAGGAGCAGAACAAGGAGCGCGACUUCUUCAUCGUGCCCAACCCCAAGUGGCUGGACGCCAAGUUCCCUGAGCAGGCCAAGCAGGUGAAGCGCCCCUGCGUGGCGCUGGUCUCCACCGACAAGAUGUGGAUCACGUUCAUGAAGCUGCGCCUGGACCGCGUGCUGAAGAUCGACCUUAAGUCUAUGCCUGCGUCGGAGGUGCUGGCCGCUGGCGAGGCUCUGCCUGACUUCAAGCCCGAUGGCAAGUGGACUGCCCCUUACGCCCGGUACACCCCCGGCUGGUGGAACGUGUUCCUGCCCAACCACUAAGCGGCCCGCUGCAUCUCGGCCAGCUGCACGGGCAGGGCGCUCGCCUACUUCUGGCGCAGCCCGCUUGCACAUCUCGGCGAUGUUGGUGUGGCUGCUGGGCUUGUGCUGCGACUCUGGGCGGGCGCUUGCAGUCUUGCGGACGCGAGCACGGGGCGCCAGUAUGGCAGGACUUCCUUGACAGCUUGCGGGAUCCAAUGAGGAUGGCCACGUAGGGGCUUGCACGCCGUGCGCGUGCCUUCUUUGGGGUCAUGGGCAAGGUUGAGUAAGACGUUGUGCAUUCCGGAUACCUUGAGAUCAUAUGUUGAUUGAUGUUUUUGAAGUGGCGGCGGGUGUACCCAGCCCACACGCAACCACUGACAACUCUAUGUGACAUGGGCGUGUGUGUGUGUGCCUGUGUGUGUGGUCCGGACAUGUCAAGUGUCUCGUUUGCCCUGUGGACGAACACGUAUGACCACAAGAGUAGAUCAAAUUCAAUAGACACUGACUUGCGUGACGGCAAGUUGACGACGGCUGUGGGGCGUGUGGCACUCCGGUGGCGCGUGCUGUCAAGUUAGGUGUUUAGGUGACCCCAAUAGCAACUGGCGCUCUAGGCGCAAAGAGGUAGGCCGACAAGAUGACCGCACACACUUGCAGGUGUGUGACGCAGUGAGAGAGCGGACGCGCAACCCCACCCCACAUACACGGGCUUGCGCAUGAACAACCGCGCGAGAUGAUUAUUGUUUCCCACUGCAGUGGGCGGAGUGGAAUGCAGGGCGAUAAUGGGAGUGAUGACGGCCAUUAGCGAAGUGCUCGCGUUGGUCGGCGCUCCCACGGAUCUAUGCGGGCAAUUGUAAUCGUUGCUCAGUGAUAAUGUGGCCCCAGGUGCUUUUGUGUAUGGACGGGGCCGGGAUCGUGGGUGCAGCACUGCAUCACUUCGGUAUUGCCACUCGCCCACUCCAGCAUAGAUGGCUUGACUGUUGGUGGCGGACGCAGCAGUUUUAUGACGCGGUACGUACAGUGGCCACUAGGGGCGCCUGCAGGCUGCGCAUUUGCCCUGCUCUGCACGUCGCUCCCAGCCAGCGCGUUGCAGUUCAGGCGUCUACCUCCUCACGCCCAGGAAACUCACUUUGUGCAACGAAGAUUUGCAU